AUGCGUCUCCUUUUAUCUACCUCUAUCUUCUUGCAUGGAGUUCUCGCCAUCGGCCAGAAGCCUAUUGUUACAUUCGAUGAUUCUGGUCAUUUCCUAGCUAGCCAAAGCUCUUUCGUUACGAUCCACGCCGAUCAGAAUGACUGGCCGGCCGUGCUCCGAGUGUGUGAUGAUCUUGCCAUGGAUUUUGGCCGUGUUACGGAUGCCAAUGGCUCUGUGGUACUUCAUGGAGACGGCAUGUCAGGGAUGAAUGCGAGCAUGAUCUUUAACAUAACCGGCAGAUCCAGUUUUGGCAUUACGAGCGAAGCCGAGAAUGCUGGCGGUGCCAUCAUUACAGGCACAAUCGGACACUCAUCUCUUGUCGACGGUCUCAUCGCUCAAGGCAAACUUAAUGUGACAGAGAUUCAAGGCGGCUGGGAAUCGUAUGUAUCUUCAGUUGUAUACGACCCUGUGCCGGGCGUACCUGAAGCUCUUGUCAUUGCAGGAUCUGACCGUCGAGGUACGAUCUAUGGACUUUACACCAUCUCGGAACAGAUCGGAGUCUCCCCUUGGUAUUACAUGGCAGAUUCUCCGCCUCAGAAGCACAGCCAGAUCUAUGCCAGUAAUGUCACCGUCGUACAGGGUCCUCCUUCUGUCAAAUAUCGUGGGUUCUUCAUCAACGACGAGGCUCCAGCUCUCGUCGGAUGGAUCGAUUCGAAGUUCCCUCCAUCUCCUUGGGGACCUGGCUUUGGUGCAGAGUACUAUAGUCUCAUCUUUGAGCUAUUGCUCAGACUUCGUGCCAAUUAUCUCUGGCCGGCGAUGUGGAAUAGUAUGUUCAACAUCGAUGACCCUAGGUCACAGGCCCUAGCCGAUCAAUAUGCUGUGGUCAUGGGCACAUCCCACACUGAGCCGAUGAUGCUAUCAACCAAGGAGUGGAACGAGUUCGGAGACGGACCAUGGCAGUGGAGCACCAACAAUGAAUCCAUCUACCCUUUUCUGGCAGAGGGCGCCGCAAGAUCGAAACCGUAUGAGGGUGUUCUGACGAUGGGAAUGCGAGGUUCUGGUGAUACUGCCCUGGCUCCUGGUAUCGAGACCGCAGUUCUUGAAAGCGUUGUGGAGGCACAGACGGAGAUCCUUACAGCUCUUUGGGGCAAUGAAUCGGUGCAGGACCCUGCUACUGUCCCUCAAUUGUGGUGUCUGUACAAGGAGGUACAAGGCUACUACGAAGCGGGCAUGGAUGUCUCUGAGUAUAUCACGCUGCUCUGGACCGACGACAACUGGGGCAAUAUCCGGCGUCUGCCAUUGCAGAAUGAGACUAGUAGGAGCGGAGGCGCCGGCGUCUACUAUCAUUUCGACUACGUAGGAGACCCGCGGAAUUAUAAAUGGCUGAAUUCAAUUUCAAUGGAGAAAACUUGGGAGCAGUUACAUCUUGCGUAUGAGCGGGACGCGCGCCGGAUCUGGAUUGUCAACGUUGGAGACGUGAAGCCUCUGGAGCUGCCUAUCAGCCAUUUCUUCGAUCUAGCAUACGACAUCACACUCUGGGACCACAAUAGCGUGCCCUCAUACCUGGAUUCGUGGGCUUCGAGAGAGUUUGGAUCCGAUGUGGCUCACGAGAUAGCACUAUUGAUGGCAAAUUAUUCACAGGCAGCCGGCAGACGCAAAUUUGAGCUUGUCGAUCCGAACACAUACAGCCUCAUCAAUUACAACGAGGCCGACAGGAUCCUUCAGGAGUGGAAUACCAUGCAAACUGCCGCCGAAGCUAUUAUGGCCAAAUUACCGACUGAAACUCAGCCUGCAUUCUUCGAAACUGUUCUCCACGCCGUCGCUGCUGGCCACGUUUUCAACGACAUUAUGAUCAGUGCUGCAAAGAAUAAUCUCUAUGCCAGGCAAGGUCGGAAUAGCGCAGAUCUGAUGGCUCAGCACGUCCACGACCAGUUCGGGCACGACCGUGAGCUUACCGAGCGAUACAACACUCUGCUUGACGGAAAAUGGGAGCAUAUGAUGGAUCAGACGCAUUUGGGCUACGAAUACUGGCAACAGCCAAUGCGUCAGCGGCUCCCUGGAUUGCAACACAACAUGCCUACUGAAGCAAGCCUAGCUGGACACUUUGGCGUCAGCAUUGAGGGGAGCAAUGCUACUGUUCCUGGAGACGACAAGUACCAUGCUCUUUCCUCCAAUAGGCUUACCAUGACGCCCUUUGUUCCGUACGGUCCAGAGUCACAGUGGCUGGAGAUUUACAGCACCGGCACUGAGGCAGUGAAUUACAGUAUCGCAGCCAAUGCAACCUUUGUGCACUUCACAGAGACAUCCGGACAUCUUCUGUCCGACGGCUCGAGGGAUACGCGCAUUUAUGCUACCUUCGAUUGGGACAGUUGUCCGGAGGGAAGUGGUAUGGUUCUGGUGAACAUCAGCACCACAAGAGACAACUCGACUCAACUUCGUGAAGAAACUCAAUAUGGGACUCAAUACAGCAUGCCACAACUCAUGCUGCCCUUCCACAAUGUGAAGGUACCCUCCAACUUCAGCAAUGGCUUCGUUGAAUCGGACGGCCACGUCUCUAUGGAGCUCGCACAUUACAGCUCCAUCACUUCGACUUCGAGCGAGGUCGCUUACGAGAUUAUCAACGGACUCAGUCGCACUCUCUCCGGUAUCACCCUCUUCCCAGUCACAGCGGAGUCCCAAUCUGCACCCGAAGCGCCAGGUCUCGAGUACAAAAUCUACACUUUCACCGACCUCAGCGAAGGAAUUCCCGCAGCUCCACAUCUCAUCGACGCUGGAAUUCCAACCGGAAUGGCUUCCCCAGCGAAUCUCAUAAACGUUACAAUAGUCACAACGCCAUCCUUGAAUACUAUCCCCGAGAGACCUCUCAAGUACGCGGUACAAUUCGACGAGGAAGACAUUCACACUGUGCAAUAUGUGAUUGAUCAGCCCGACGGUGCGAACCCUGUAGGGUGGUUGAAAGCUGUGGCGGAUAAUUCUUGGAAGAGCACCUCAAAUUUCACGUAUAGUGGACCUGGGGAACAUACGCUGAGGGUGUGGGCGUUGGAGCCUGGUGUUGUGCUUAACACUGCUUGGAUCAAUCUUGGAGGUGUUAGAGAUAGCUAUCUUGGGCCUCCGGAAAGUAAGAGGAUUCCAUGA